AUGGGCUGCGCCCCCAGCAUCCACGUCUCGCAGAGCGGCGUGAUUUACUGCCGCGACUCGGACGAGUCCAACUCCCCGCACCAGACCACCACCAUCUCGCAGGGCGCCGCCACCCUGCACGGCCUCUUCAUCAAGACUGACGCGGCCGACUCCAUCCCCUCGGUGCUCGCCUACCAGAGCCGCCCGGCGCCGCCCUGCAGCGGCCCCCGCCGCAGGGAGCGCGGGGAGCCCGGCGCCGCCGCCAGGGCCAGGGCGCCCCAUUGCUGCGCCAUCGAGGCCGAGACCCAGACCAGCCACAGCAGCGUCAAGCAGGCUUCAACUACAGAGGUACAAAUUGGGCCCAUGAGACUGACACAAGAUCCAAUCCAGGUUUUGCUGAUCUUUGCGAAAGAAGACAACCAGAGUGAUGGUUUCUGGUGGGCUUGUGACAGAGCUGGAUACAGGUGCAAUAUUGCCCGGACGCCAGAGUCAGCGCUUGAAUGUUUUCUUGAUAAGCACCAGGAAAUAAUUGUUAUAGAUCACAGAAGCUCCAGAUAUUUUGAUGCAGAAGCUAUCUGCAGGUCUCUCCGUGCCACAAAGCCAUCAGAGCACACUGUAAUACUUGCUGUGGUUCCACGCACAUCUUCUGACCAGGAAGAGACUUCUGUUCUUCCUCUUCUUCGUGCAGGCUUUGACAGAAGAUUCAUGGAGAAUAGCAGCAUAACUGCUUGUUACAAUGAACUGAUUCAAAUAGAACAUGGGGAAGUGCGAUCUCAGUUCAAGUUACGGGCUUGUAAUGCAGUGUUUACAGCAUUAGACCAUUGUCAGGAAGCUAUAGAAAUAACCAGUGAAGACCAUGUCAUUCAGUAUGUUAAUCCAGCCUUUGAACGGAUGAUGGGGUAUCAUAAGGGAGAGCUUAUUGGCAAGGAACUUACUGAACUACCAAAAAGUGAUAAAAACCGUGCAGAUCUUUUAGACACUAUCAACACAUUUAUUAAAAAAGGAAAGGAAUGGCAAGGGGUUUACUAUGCACGAAGAAAAUCAGGAGACAGCAUCCAGCAGCAUGUGAAGAUAACACCCGUGAUUGGUCAAGGAGGGAAAAUUAGACACUUUGUGUCACUCAAAAGGCUGCGUUGUACCAAUGAAAAUAACAAACAGCUCUACAAGAGCCAUCGUGAUGAGAAAUAUGCAGGGGACAAUUCUCAGUCAGAAUCCCAUUCCUUCAGAUGCAAGAACAGGAGAAAAGACUCGAUUGAUGUUAAGUCAAUAACAUCUCAAAGUAGUGACGCCCCGAGUUUGCAAACUCGCCGGUACUCAUCGAUGGCAAGGAUCCACUCGAUGACUAUAGAAGCUCCUAUCACAAAGGUUAUUAAUAUAAUUAAUGCUGCCCAGGAAAACAGCCCCAUCACAGUAGCAGAGGCCUUGGACAGAGUUCUGGAGAUCUUGCGCACAACAGAACUUUACUCCCCACAGCUAGGUACCAAAGAUGAAGAUCCUCACACAAGUGAUCUUGUUGGAGGACUGAUGACUGAUGGCUUGAGAAGACUGUCAGGAAACGAGUAUGUGUUUUCUAAGAAUAUGAACCUGAGCCAUAGUCACCUUUCAGUGCCAGUUACCAUCAACGAUGUUCCACCUUGUAUCACACAGCUCCUGGAUAAUGAAGAAAGCUGGGACUUCAAUAUUUUUGAAUUAGAGGCUGUUACAAACAAAAGGCCGUUAAUUUAUUUGGGCCUAAAAGUUUUUGCUCGGUUUGGGGUGGCUGAGUUUUUAAACUGCUCAGAAGCCACACUGCGAGCCUGGCUGCAGAUGAUUGAAGCCAACUACCAUUCCUCCAACUCCUACCACAACUCCACGCACGCAGCAGAUGUCCUGCACGCUACUGCCUUCUUCCUUGGCAAGGAGAGAGUUAAGGGAAGCCUCGAUCACUUGGACGAGGUGGCUGCACUCAUAGCUGCCACCAUUCAUGAUGUAGACCACCCUGGACGGACCAACUCCUUCCUGUGCAACGCCGGCAGUGAAUUGGCCGUCCUUUACAACGACACUGCCGUCCUGGAGAGCCACCACACAGCGCUGGCCUUUCAGCUCACAGCCAAAGACAGCAAGUGCAACAUUUUCAAGAAUAUUGAUAGAAAUCACUAUCGGCCGUUGCGCCAGGCCAUUAUUGACAUGGUUUUGGCCACAGAGAUGACAAAGCACUUUGAGCACGUGAACAAAUUUGUGAACAGCAUCAACAAGCCCAUGGCAUCCGAGGAGAACAGCUCCCACAGCGAGGGUGGCCACUGCGCCUGCACGGCCAACGUCAAGAACUUCCCGGAUAACCAGACGCUCAUCAAGCGCAUGAUGAUCAAAUGUGCCGACGUGGCGAACCCCUGUCGCCCGCUAGAGCUGUGUAUUGAAUGGGCAGGGAGGAUCUCGGAGGAAUAUUUUGCACAGACUGAUGAAGAGAAAAGGCAAGGUCUGCCUGUUGUAAUGCCAGUAUUUGACAGAAACACCUGCAGCAUACCCAAGUCUCAGAUUUCCUUCAUUGACUAUUUUAUAACAGAUAUGUUCGAUGCGUGGGAUGCAUUUGCACAUCUGCCUGUUCUGAUGCAACACCUGGCUAACAACUAUAAACACUGGAAAACAUUAGAUGAGUUGAAGUGCAAGAGUCUCAGGCUUCCAUCAGAAAACAACUGACAUGAAGGCAAGAAAAACCCCUGCUCUUGAUGUAUCUUGAUCUCUUGCUCUACCAGUCUCACUGUGAUCACUAACUUGGCUACAAGAGAAACGGUGUUUUCCUUUCGAGCGAACUAAAGACUGCAGCAAGAAGGAAAUCCUUUACCCAUCACUUUUAAGCUGCUUAAAUUCUACAACAAAGAUGUUUUCAUAAAGGGUAUGUAAUCCCAACCAGGGGGUCAGAGCUCUCUGGAACUGUCAUUUAUUGGCAGAAAAGGUACUUUUAAAGCUAAUUUUUACUACUGAAUAUGCAUUAGUCAAAUCUCGUAACUGCUGCAGCUGUAUUCACUAACCCUUCACACAGCUAUUUCCCAAGUGGAAGUGUAAUCUGUUCACCCGUAGAACAAGAAUAGGUCGACUAAAAAAAGCAUAAAACCCUCCCACUUUCCCAACAAAACUUUGCUCCCCCUCUGCAUUAUCUUGGGCCCGUGGUUCUAAAGAGAAUAUGCACAGCAGACCUCAAGAAAUCAGAUACUUACAAAAAAUGUGCACCAUUAAGAUCCUUUUUCUUUUUUAUUCCAGAGGCAAAACAAACCUUUCAAAGCACCACUUGUUCUAUCUUUUCCAUAUAACAGCUUGGUAUUAGAAAUCAAAUUAACUUAAAUAAUGGAAGAAAAUAAACAUGUUCUCUAUAAUUGGUGCCAUCUGUAUUUUUUAUCUGCCUUCUUAAAAGAUGUUACUGUGCAAAGUUUUGUCAGAUUUUACAUAUAAACUAUUGUGGCAAUGAAUCGAUCAACAUCCUUUUUAUAAAGCCGUGUUUAUACACAUGGACGUCAGUUUUAUUCAAAAUAAAUUUUACGACAAGGCCAUAUAUUGUGCUUCUUA